UUGUUUCCCCUUCCUUCCACAGAGACACUGAUGGACUCCACCACGGCGACAGCAGAGCUGGGCUGGACGGUUCAUCCUCCAUCAGGGUGGGAAGAGGUGAGUGGGUACGAUGAGAACAUGAACACGAUCCGCACCUACCAGGUGUGCAACGUCUUUGAAUCCAGCCAGAACAACUGGCUCCGGACCAAGUACAUCCGCAGGCGAGGAGCACACCGCAUCCACGUGGAGAUGAAAUUUUCUGUCCGGGACUGCAGCAGCAUCCCAAAUGUCCCAGGCUCCUGUAAGGAGACUUUUAACCUGUACUAUUUCGAGUCAGACUUUGACUCGGCCACCAAGACUUUUCCUAACUGGAUGGAGAAUCCUUGGAUGAAGGUGGACACAAUUGCUGCUGACGAGAGCUUCUCACAGGUGGACUUAGGUGGACGGGUGAUGAAGAUCAACACCGAGGUGCGCAGUUUUGGGCCUGUCUCCAAGAAUGGUUUCUACCUGGCCUUCCAGGACUACGGGGGCUGCAUGUCCCUGAUUGCCGUCCGUGUCUUCUACCGCAAAUGUCCCCGUGUGAUCCAGAACGGGGCCGUCUUCCAAGAAACCCUGUCGGGAGCAGAGAGCACCUCGCUGGUGGCAGCCAGGGGCACAUGCAUUGCCAACGCCGAGGAGGUGGACGUGCCCAUCAAGCUGUACUGCAAUGGUGAUGGCGAGUGGCUGGUGCCCAUCGGCCGCUGCAUGUGCCGGGCCGGCUACGAGUCGGUGGAGAACGGGACCGUCUGCAGAGGCUGUCCCUCAGGAACAUUCAAGGCCAGCCAAGGGGAUGAAGGGUGUGUCCACUGCCCCAUCAACAGCCGGACAACCUCGGAAGGGGCCACAAAUUGUGUGUGCCGAAAUGGAUAUUACCGGGCAGACGCCGACCCCGUGGACAUGCCAUGCACCACCAUUCCAUCCGCCCCCCAGGCCGUGAUCUCCAGCGUGAACGAGACGUCGCUGAUGCUGGAAUGGAGCCCUCCGCGGGACUCGGGGGGCCGCGAGGACCUGGUGUACAACAUCAUCUGCAAGAGCUGCGGGGCGGGCCGCGGGGCCUGCACGCGCUGCGGGGACAACGUGCAGUUCGCCCCGCGCCAGCUGGGCCUCACCGAGCCCCGCAUCUACAUCAGCGACCUGCUGGCACACACCCAGUACACCUUCGAGAUCCAGGCUGUCAACGGCGUCACCGACCAGAGCCCCUUCUCCCCGCAGUUCGCCUCCGUGAACAUCACCACCAACCAGGCCGCCCCUUCUGCCGUGUCCAUCAUGCACCAGGUGAGCCGCACCGUGGACAGCAUCACCCUCUCCUGGUCCCAGCCCGACCAGCCCAAUGGAGUCAUCCUGGACUAUGAGCUGCAGUACUACGAGAAGGAUCUGAGUGAGUUGAACUCGACCACAGUGAAGAGCCCCACCAACACUGUGGCAGUGCAGAACCUCAAGGCUGGCACCAUCUACGUGUUCCAGGUGCGGGCACGCACCGUGGCCGGCUACGGCCGCUACAGUGGGAAGAUGUAUUUCCAGACCAUGACUGAAGCCGAGUACCAGACCAGCGUGCAGGAGAAGCUGCCGCUCAUCAUCGGCUCCUCGGCGGCAGGGCUGGUGUUCCUCAUCGCCGUGGUGGUCAUCGGCAUCGUGUGCAACAGAAGACGGGGCUUCGAGCGGGCUGACUCGGAGUACACGGACAAGCUGCAGCACUACACCAGUGGCCACAUGACUCCAGGGAUGAAGAUUUAUAUCGAUCCUUUCACCUACGAAGAUCCCAAUGAGGCUGUCAGGGAAUUUGCGAAAGAAAUCGAUAUCUCUUGUGUCAAAAUUGAGCAGGUGAUUGGGGCAGGGGAGUUUGGUGAGGUGUGCAGUGGGCAUCUCAAGCUUCCAGGCAAAAGAGAGAUCUUUGUGGCCAUCAAGACCCUCAAGUCUGGCUACACGGAGAAGCAGAGGCGGGACUUCCUGAGCGAGGCCAGCAUCAUGGGGCAGUUCGACCACCCCAACGUCAUCCACCUGGAGGGGGUGGUCACCAAGAGCUCUCCAGUCAUGAUCAUCACUGAGUUCAUGGAGAAUGGCUCACUGGACUCCUUCCUGCGGCAAAACGACGGGCAGUUCACGGUGAUCCAGCUGGUGGGAAUGCUGCGGGGCAUCGCCGCGGGCAUGAAGUACCUGGCAGACAUGAACUACGUGCACCGGGACCUGGCCGCCCGCAACAUCCUGGUCAACAGCAACCUGGUGUGCAAGGUGUCCGACUUCGGCCUCUCCCGCUUCCUGGAGGACGACACCUCCGACCCCACCUACACCAGUGCUCUGGGUGGGAAGAUCCCGAUCCGAUGGACGGCACCUGAGGCCAUUCAGUACCGAAAGUUCACCUCGGCCAGCGACGUGUGGAGCUAUGGAAUAGUCAUGUGGGAGGUGAUGUCCUACGGGGAGCGGCCCUACUGGGACAUGACCAACCAGGAUGUGAUAAAUGCCAUUGAGCAGGACUAUCGGCUGCCACCACCCAUGGACUGCCCAAAUGCCCUUCACCAGCUGAUGCUUGACUGUUGGCAGAAAGAUCGGAACCACAGGCCCAAGUUUGGGCAAAUUGUCAACACCUUGGAUAAAAUGAUCCGAAAUCCAAACAGCCUGAAAGCCAUGGCACCUCUGUCCUCUGGGAUGAACCUCCCCCUCCUUGACCGCACAAUCCCGGAUUACACCAGCUUCAACACUGUGGAUGAAUGGCUGGAUGCCAUCAAGAUGAGCCAGUACAAGGAGAGCUUUGCCAGUGCUGGUUUCACCACCUUUGAUGUAGUAUCUCAGAUGACUGUAGAGGACAUUCUGCGAGUCGGGGUCACUUUAGCAGGACACCAGAAGAAAAUUCUGAACAGUAUCCAGGUGAUGAGAGCACAGAUGAACCAAAUCCAGUCUGUGGAGGUUUGAUAGCUGCCUGUCCUCCCACUCCUCCUCCUCGAGGCCCUGCUCCCCUUUGCCCCUGUAUGUCCUAGCUCCAGUUCCUGAGUGUUCUGCAUGGACCAGAGACAGGCAGCUGCUCUGAGGAUCACGGCAGCAGGAGGGAACACCCUGUCCUCAACAAUGAGAAGUUGCCAAGACCUUCUAGAAUUUAAGCAAUGGAAAAAGGGAA